AUGCAUCGCAGACCGCGUAACAGGAGAGGUUGGGAGGAUGACUCCGACAGCGACUCAAUCCAGAUCACUACUGUGGACUAUUCGCAUUUGGCGGGCAGACAUGCCUUUGGCAUCGACAGAGUCCCCGACGUACUGUAUUCGAUCAAAUAUGUCGACAAAUCCCGCCGUCAUUAUGGAACGAUUGGUUCCAACAAGAAGAUCAACGUUGACGAAUCCAAUAUCGGCGAUGCUACGCCCGACUCGCAAAAUUAUCCGGUGAUCGAGAUCCACACAGUAGCGGUCUGCUCACCCAGACACGCCAGGACCAAGCUGGAGCCAUUCCGCAACGUCUACCACGCGGAGAGCGGGGAGAGCAAGAACGGCGCGGAGGAGGACGCGGUCGACGUUAACAUUGACGACGAUGACAACAUGCUGGAGCUGGCAAUGCAGGCAAAGCUGCAGUCGCUGGAUAUUGCAGCCGUGCGCGACCGCUUUCAGGUGGACACGAUCGACAUCAAGGGCAUGGUCAUCCACUCGUCCUACCUACAGCACGCCAUUAACGCCGUCAAGGAGUCGACAGUGCACCUGGAGGCAUUGCUCAAGGAGCCGUACCCGGAGCUGUACCACAUACGCGACGAUCUGGCACACUUCCGCGACAACCAGCCGGCAUGCCACAACGAGACGCAGCGGACCACGACGGCCAAGCACAUCAACGUUCUCCUCGACUACCUGCAGAAGGAGCUCGGCGACCGGUGCCGCGACGAGGAGCGGCGCUAUGCGCAAAGCCCGCCGAUGGCGACAUUCGAUAUGAUGUGGUUGCUGUACAAGCCGUUUGGGGUGGCGUACGCGAAGCGGGCCGGGCGACAGCCCGGGGCGCCAAUGCAUUGGCGGGCCUACGUGAUCAGUUCGGUGGACACGGACCUGCUCAAGGCGCGUGUGACGUGCUGGAGCAUGGUGUACAACGCGGGGAUGCUGAGACGCGAGACGAUGGUAUUUACCAUCAACUCGUUCUCGGGCGAGCAGACGAUCCAGGAUCUGCCGCUGGUGCCGCAGCGAUUCUUCCCCGAAGACUUGGACGCACAAGACGGACUGAGCAUGGCAGACUGGCAGAUCAAGCUGGGCCGCCAGUAUUGGGACCUGGUGCAGGCGCCGGCGUACAAGGAAUAUGUGGUUCCGGACGACAUCGUCGAGGAGGCGGCCAGCAAAGGAGCAGACAGUGCCCCCAACCACACCGCCAAAAGCAACCGCGAAAAUAAAAACAAAUCCAAGAGCGAGCUCGUCGAGCGCGUUGUCGUCGACGUGAAGGGCUUCGAGACGUUUGGUCUGCCGUCCUCGACGUCGUCAAUGUCUCCGGCUGGCGCCAACGGAGGACUCAUGGCGAUGCCACCGCCGCCGCCGCCGCCGAUUCCGACGCCCAUGGAUAAUUUGGGCUUUCAGUUGCAUUUUGCGCCGCGGUGCAGCUGCGACACGUGCCGGGACGACCCGAACAGCGAACCGAAGAACCCGGGCCGGUUUGCCGAGUUCAAGAUGGCGGCGAUCAGUUCGGGCAAGAAGCCGACAAACGACCUGUUCUAUCUGCUGUGCGACGUCGACGUGCCUGCGUUUGUGUUGUCGAGGCGCGAGUGGGUGCAUGUGCACCUGGCGCGGCUGCAGCCUGUGCAGACGGACCACGAGGCGUUUGAGAACCUGGUGCUGGACGCGGACGUCAAGACGACGGUGCGGGCGCUGGUGGGCAAGUUUGCGCACGACGUCGGCGAGGGACGGGCGGACAGCGGGCGUGUCGCGCCGUGGCCGCGGGACAUUGUCAAGAACAAGGGCGAGGGCCGCAUCUUUUUGCUGCACGGCUCGCCGGGCGUCGGCAAGACGUGCACGGCCGAGUGCAUUGCCGAGCUGGCGCAGCGGCCGCUGCUGGCGCUGACGUCGGGCGACAUCAGCACGGACAUGAACGCCGACGUCGUGGAGCGCAACCUCGACACGUACCUGCGCCUGGGCGAGCGCUACGGCGCGCUCGUGCUGCUCGACGAGGCCGAUGUGUUUCUGGAGGCGCGCCGCGCCAGCGACCUGCGCCGCAACGGGCUCGUGUCGGUGUUUCUGCGGGCGCUCGAAUACUUCCGGGGCGUGCUGUUCCUGACGACGAAUCGCGUCGAGACGUUUGACGAUGCGUUUACGAGCCGCAUCCACGUGGCGCUGCACUAUCACCCGCUGUCGCCCGAGAGCCGGCGGCGCGUGUGGAUGCAGCACUUUGCGCGCAUCGAGCGAGACAGCGGCGGACGCAUUUUUGUGCUGCGCAGCACGCGCGAGUAUGCGUACGAGGACGCCGAGGUGCACGCGCUGGAGCUCAACGGGCGCGAAAUUCGCAACGCACUGCAGACGGCGGUGGCCCUAGCCGAGGCGGACGCUCUGGACAAGGCAAACGAGGACGAGGGCCAAGUGACCGUGACAGAGGCGCACCUGCGGGCUGUGAUCAAAAUGAGCGCCGGCUUCAAGUUGUUUAUGAACAAGGCGAAGUCGCAGCUUCACGAGUGA